AAAGUAAAGCUUCGCCAUGUGUCGAAGGCCAGCUGUGUUCUCCGCACCAAAUGAAUUUAGAUUCGAACGACCAAGUUUGGCUCCCAGAUGUCGCUCCUUUGGACAAAAAUACAUCGCAACGACCAGCACCACCAACGGCAACAAACCGCCAGGAUCCAAUUUCGGACAAAGUAGUCGACGACGCUGCGAAAAUAUUGCCAGGAGUUCUUAGACAUUCCAAGACCCCGAGUUUCUUUUACGAAAAUUAUGCACCUGUAGGAGACAAUAGGAUUCCUACUGGAAUGGGGAAAUCAAGAUCCGAUCGAGCGGAAAGCGAGCCUUUGGCCAGAAGAUUAAGUAAACGCAUUUCGAGAGUCUGCCUGAGAGGUCGUCAAUGGCGCCACGCGCACGACAUGACUGACACUACCGCCACGGACCCGUCGCCAAUCGACACGCAAUCCGUGCCCAAAAGCGACGAUCAUUCCGGAGAUUUGCCGCGAAAAGAAUCCCUGACGCAAAGGAUGCGCAAAAGCGUGGAUCUCCUGCUUCGGAGGAACCGGAAUCGAGAACAGGACCAGGAAUUACCAACACCACCGCCAUCACCACCACCGCCGAAACAUGAACCAGUGACGGUACCACUGACCACCACGAUGCAUGCUGCUGGAAAGUCUGCUGGUAAAACAGGCAGACCUCUGGUAUCUGGGCCGGUUUAUGGCACGUUUGUGGACAGCCGAGUGGAGGGGUUCCAUGGACCAUCACCAUAUGCACUCCACCCUGAAGUGGGACACGCAAUGGCGCAACCAGACAUGAUCUCCCUCCCGGCAGGCCAACGAGAGGUCGCUCCUCUCGCCAAAUUCUUCAUCUACCCAACAACUGCGAAAAGCAGUGCGAGUCUCACCGCCAAGUCCCGCACAUCCACCAACUGGUCCACGGCCAAAAUCGCGCCAAAUGACUCUGUCGCCUCGAGCCGACGACUCAGCAAACGUCAGUCAUCCCAAAACAUUGUCAACUUGUCAGAGAAACCCAGCCAACUCACGACACCCGGGAAACGACGCAAAUCUUCGGCAGCGAGUUCCCGGAAAAUGAGUCUCGAAGGCAGUCGAAGACUCAGCAAACGCCAGUCUUUCCAAAACGUGUCUGAAAACCCCACUCGAGGAGAAGAAGCAACUGCUAGCAUUCGACGCAAAUCCUCAACCGCGAGUUCGAAAAAAGUCAGUAUGGAAUCGAGUCGGAGGCCCAGCAAACGCCAGUCUGUCCAAAAUAUCCCCAGUAACUCAUGGCCAGAAGAACGCGGCACCAGCAGCAUCAGCCACGUCCAAAGGACACACGGAAAACAACGAAAAUCUUCAAAAAAUGUCAGUCGAGACGAAAGCCGCAAAAUCAGUCAACGCCAGUCCGUGUCCAACUUGCCUGAAAAAUCUUUAAGCUCGGGUUUCACGCCAUCAAACAAAUCCCCCAUGAUGUUGGGAAGCACAACAGUGCCUCGAACCCCGGCGGAACCCCCGCCUUCAAUCCUCUCGGAAGCCAAAUCCAAACCCCUGUCGACCGUCGAAGAACUCGACGAAUUCCUCUUCAACACAUUCUCGCCGACAAUCGAUACCAAGUCCACGUCUCGGAUCGACUCCAGGUCCUCCAAGAUACCCGUCAAGAAACCCUCGGCCGUGUUUAAGAACCCGUCCCAACCUCCCACUCCGAUUCAAAAACUCAUGCGCUUGAGUCGAAUUGACCUGAGUGCUUCUUCGUCUGCUGACACUUCUUCUAGGCGGGAAAAACCGGAUUCACCCGCGACUUCUGAAAAGAAGCUGACUUGGAGUAAACAGAUUUCGUUGGAAGUUUCACCGAGAGGAAGUCAAGUGGAUUUGAAAUCAGAAAGGUCGCAGAAAAACGAUGGGAUAAAGAAGGACUCGGAUCUCGGGGCUUUGCAAUCGGGGAUUGGUUCGGAUAUUUCCGUGAAAGCUUCGAAAACCAAGUGGCCAGAUGGUUCUUUGAAGGGUUCAAAGAUCCCAUCAUUAACCCAAUCUUUUCAGAAUGGCGAAAAAGAAUCAUCUGCGAAAAUUUCUGCGGUUUCGUCCCGAAAUCGAUCCAAAGAAAAGGUUUCCGCGAAGAAAUCCUCUGAGAAAUACUCAUAUGAAUUGCCUUCACCCAGAAGACUCGAAUCCAUUCCUCAAUCUCCCUUCACAAUGGGUUCAAAAAAGUCUACGCAAAACUCAGCAGUCGAUUCAGCCACUAGAAAACCCGGAUUUCCUCAACAAACGGGAACUGGAUUCCAGCCAGAAAAGCUGGAUACUUUGGUCACAAUUCCAAACGAGCCCUUAAUAAAGCAUCCGAAGAAAUCCAAGAGCAGUUCAAGAGUCGCCUCAGCAACGAGAACUCCGCGGAAAUUUUCAGAAACCUCCAAAAAUCCAAUAGCUGAAAUAACUUCAAUAAAAUCGAACAAGGAAUCCACGCCUGGUUCUCGAAUGUCUCGCCGACAAUCCGCAGAAAAACUGCGCAUCAAGUCCAGAGGAAACUCAUCUGCUCCCAGUUCCCGAAUGUCUCGCCAAUACUCCGAAGACAAAUUCCACGAUUUGCGGAAACUCGACAGCGUCAAUUCCUCGAAAGAAGCUUCCCGAAAACAUUCCGGGAAAAUCGUCGCACCGCCAGAACCGAAUGUUUUCGUCAAAAUCAGUCCUCGGAAGGAUUCGUUGUUGCAUCUCCCGCCUCGACCUUCGGACACCAUCCCCAGCCAGGAAGCCAUCCCCGUCAUCAACACGAUAACAAAAUCCAAAUCUGCUAGAAACUCUCUGGAAAACCUGGGGUCUUCUGCAAAGUCUAUAGCAUCCAACAGCGACGUUUCCACUGCUGCUUUGUACGUUGCCCGAAUGUCCAAGGAAGGGAAAACGCAUCAACAGCCUGAUCCGAAAUCCAAGCUGACUGCGGCCAAAGUUCGCGACAUUAUUCAAGCCAAGCUUUCGAAAACCCCAUUGAAGAACCCGCUGGCAACGAGUAAAGCUCAACGGGAAGAUAUUUUGAACAAAAUUGAGAGUAUUAUUCAAGAUUCGGGAGCCGAUAACACUGUCGAGUCUCCUGCAGGAUUCAUUGGACAACAGUUGUCGACAAACGAGCCGACCAUAAUGACGAUGAGCAAGAAAAACUCUCCAACGUCGGGUAAACACCUUGACAAACGUAACAAGCCAUCCCUCGACGUUUUUCAAGUGGAACCCACGGAAAACCGAGGUUCGAGAAAGCAAGAACCUGUUCCUUCAGUGUUGCCAACUGAAGCAAGCGCUCAAAAUCCCAAGGCAGCGGGUCUCAGGAAGACAGCCAAACAACGCCCCUUGAAUACCCAAAAUAUGCAGGCCCCCAGCUCUGUUCGAGAGAGCAGGAAGUGGAGACAUUCCCACUUGGGUCUCACUAACGCGCAGUGGAACCCAAUGACACCCAUCAACGCCAACCUGACAAAAGUCAAGCUCUCCAAAAAGAAGCAACCGUCUAUUUUGAAGCAAAUGCGAGACGUUGAAAAACGACUGGAAGCACAGAAACCUCACAGAUAUAAUGUCAAUAGAUACCAGCACACCCCAAAGCCGCCUCCGCAACCCGUGGCAACCAUCGCAGCCCAGCAGCAAUCCCGUUCAAUACCCACCAGCACUGACACAACCUUUGUCACUGCGCACCCAAUGACACUCGGCGCACGUGACCACAUCACCCAGAUGCACACUGCUCACCGUCGCGGGUCGGCGCGGCGUCCCAACCGCCCCGGCGACAUUUUCUCCGCCGCCAUCAACAGUGUGCCCAGGAACGCCCCGCUGCCGAAACCUGCGUCAUUUAUGAAAGGUAAAAUGCCGACGGCAACGACGACGACGACACUCGUCACCGUGCCCGUCAAAAAGUCGGAUUCUCCGACGCAUUUGGACGCUAUGGGCAGGCGACGGAAAAGUCAUAAUCAGCAGGGAUUCAGGCAGAAACAUCUUCAGUCGCAAGGGUUCAAUGUUUUGGCGAGGACAAUGACACCGUGUCAAAGAGCCAAAUUACGACGAAUGCACGAAGCCAGACAAAAACACGGACGUCAAAGCCUCGUCACGAAAACCCUCUACGGCCACGACGACGACGACGAAUACGCAGUUCGACACAAAACCGGCUCCGACACCCACCUCAAAUCCUCGGCGUCAACCUCGAAAAAAGUUCGAGCCAGCCUCAAAAACAUUGCCCUCACUCAUCCGUCCAAGAAGAAAGCCUCUCAUCAUCAACUCGUUCCCGAUGACGAAGACAUCUUAACCAACACUCACCAGUCCGCCGAUUCAGAAAACCACAAUAAGACGAACGAUGUGACGAAUCCCUUCAACAAGCGACGACCUUCCGGAAGUCACGAGGAUUUGCAAAUGCUCGAGAUUUUGCCACUGGUGGGCAAAAAGUUGGAAACCCCGUCGGACACAGUUGUCUCGCGUCGCGGCAAGGGGUUGAAGAGGGUCAAGAAAAUUGCCCCUGUUCCGGUCCUGCCUAGUUUGACUAGCAUUUCUGAGGAUAAUCAAGAAGAAAAGACAGUACGACACUAUAUUUCGGAAGGGGUGAGUGCCGCGACGAAUUUCAACACUUCGUACGCCCCCAGCGCCAUGAUUUCAGCAGCCAUUCAAAGAAUGUCUCCGCCAACUGCGUCUAGUUAUACCUUGCAACAGAUCGUCACCAAAGUUUCAGCUGUGGACCAGGACUCGAAUGUCACUCGACAAACGGGUUCUGGUGAAUCUGCUGAGAAAUCGUCCCCAGUUUCACCGUCAACCAGCGAAAGGGUGAGUGCCGCGACGAAUUUCAACACUUCGUACGCCCCCAGCGCCAUGAUUUCAGCAGCCAUUCAAAGAAUGUCUCCACCAACUGCGUCCAGUUAUACAUUGCAACAGAUUGUCACCAAAGUUUCAGCAGUGGACCAGGACUCGAAUGUCACUCGACAAACGGGCUCUGGUGAAUCUGCUGAGAAAUCGUCACCAGCUUCACCGUCAACCAGCGAGAGUCAAUACAGCCUUUCUUUGGGCUUGAAAGAUAAACCGGAACACAGAGACGAAUUGGAAUCCGAGAGCGUUCUUACAGAGAAAAUGGUUCAAAAAAUGAUCAAAUCGGCAUCUCAAGAGCAGACGGAUGCUCAUGAAUCGCUGAAAUCUUCAAAACGCGAUGCAUUCAAGCAUUCUGAGGACAAGAAACGAAGUUCGAAAAACUACAGCAAUAUGUCUCACAACAUUCAACGGAUUCUACGCGAAGCUCAACGAGAGGCCGUGAAACCCCUGAGACCCAAAGAACCUCGACGAGAGAAACCCGUUUCAAAACGGGUCUCCAGAACACCUUCCGCCAUAGCGAACCGACGAAGAAAUUCUUCAAAUAAGCCCGAAGAAAAACUCAGUAGAAAGUCUGCCAAGGAAAUUCCGCGUCGCGAAUUCAAGGGCAAAAGUCAUUCGAGGACCCGACUAAGGAAUUCUAAGCAAGUCACCAGGAAAAGUUCUAGACACAGUGUCAGGAAAUCAGUGUCUAGAAGCCGAGCGAGUUCAAGCAUUGAUCCUAGAAUAUAUUCUUCAGUUGACAAAUUUUACAAAGGUUUAGUGGCAGCGAAAGCAGCAUUAGGCCCUGCCUACUCGAACCUCAUCAAGGCUUCGAUUCACGUCGGAGAAAAUACGGGAAGUCGGACGAGGACCCGCAGCAGCAGCAUUCGUCACCGACGAGGCUCGUCGUCGUCGACUGACGACUCAAAACAACCCAGGGAAGUUUGA